AUAUGGCGAGCAUAACAUAUAAAGUAAUUAAUGAAUGAAAAAAAUGUUCUUUCAACUUUUUUACAGUAAAUAAAUAAACAAAGUACUACUCAUAAAACAUAAACUUUUUCAAUAAUGUCGCAAAUUCCUCCAAAAAAUGAAACGACUAAACCGAAAUCAGCUUUGGACGUUGCGGUUAAUCAACUCGUUCGAGCCUCAGUAGGUGGUGUACCUUCUACAAUCUCCGAUGAGAGCCUGGACAAGUAUGUUGCGGACUUGAUUUUAAAAGAAGCUGCUACAAAGAAUAAAGAAUAUAAUAAAGAUGGUCUUAGAGCAUAUUUACCACAUACUGGAACUCCGCCAUGUACCCUUCCAAGAACUAAUAAAAGGUUUUUAUUUAAUGUGGUAAAAAAUGUGGAUGGUCAUAAUCAAGCUUUACUUAGAAAGAUAGAAGAAGAAGCAGCCGCUCGUAGACGAGCUUUAAAUCGAUCACGUAGGCAUGAUUCGGAUGAUGAAAGAAGAAGAUAUAGUAGAAGGAGGCAUAGUGACCGUUAUCGUAGGAAAGAUCGUAAAACUAGUAAUACUUCAGAUGAUUAUGAUCGUUAUUAUAGUGAUGACGAUACUUAUUCAGAUAGUGAAAGGGAUGAAAGGGAUCGAAAGUCAAGUCAUAAAGAGAGAAAAUAUUCUUCUCGAAACCCAAAACAUGAUGAUAUAAGAUCAUCAUCUUCGAGGACAAAAUCAUCUCGACGUUCCGUUAGUCCAAUUUCAUCAUCAUCAUCAUCAAAUUAUCUUGACAAGACGUCAACUAGAUUAGUUAGUAACGAAUUACGAAAAGAACAAACAAAUUCAUCAAAUAAUAAGAGUACGUCGCAACUAAAUAUUAUUAAAAAAGGUCGUGGUGAAGUUAGUAAUGGAUCAAAAAUGGAUAAAUAUUUCAGAAAAGACUAUAAUCCAAUGUUUGACAUAGAACCAUUUAUUGGUGAAAAUAAUUGGUUUAAUUAUAAUGUAUUUGAUCAAAUUAUAACAGAAAAAUCCCAAUCCCUUGAUGAUGAUGAUAAUAAGAAAAAAAAGAAAAAACAUAAGGAAAAAUCUAAACAUAAAAAGGAAAAACAUAAAUCUAGUAGUAAUAAAUCUAAGAAAAAACGGAAAAGAGAUUCUGAUAGUGAAAUAUCAUCUGAUUCUGAAGAAGAUCAAAAAAAACACAGAAAAAGUGAUGAUAUUGAUCUGAAACCUAUAUCUAUUCGUGAAUGGGAUAAACCAAAAUUAAUAUCUGGUACUUGGGAUCCUGAUAAAACAAUAUAGAUAAUUUAGAAUAGUUAAUUCAGUUUAUUCUUGGUAUAUACUAUAUAUAUAUAUAUAUACGGGUAUAUAAAUAUUUACAGAAAAUCGUGUGUGAUCUUAUUUUUAAUAAAUUUUAUUUAUUUUACUUUGACAUCUUUU